UGGCGCUUCAUGUUGUGUUGUGCUUUGGUGCUGUUAUAUUCAUCGGUGACAUAUACUCGGCCAGCCAUUACAAGGGAGAUGGUCAAAAAUAUGUCCAAAACCACCAUUUUCAGAAUUAAAAAACUGAAAGCAGAGCAUUUUGACAUAUUCUCAGAGAUUACCUUUGGCACGUACGAAGAUACUCCCAUCGAAGGGUUAACCUCCAUCCUGGCGCACCUGGGCUCCCUGCAGGUAAGGCUGUGGGUCCCUCAGGCGCAGCAUCUCAGUCAGGUGGAGCAGGACGUGGAUACACUACGAGGCUACCUCUGCGUGAUGGCCGUCAGUCAGGGCUGUGCCCUACCACAGUCUGCCAGCACUCUGCUUAAAUCAGAGGCAGACUUCCCCAUCACAUCAAACUACCUCAUUCUGCUGGACCUCCAAAGAUACCUCGAAAAACUCUGUUUGAACCUGGACAAGCUAAAGUGGUGUUGAAGGACAGUUCUCUUUGCUGAGGUUUUUCGAGCAGUGGUCCGCGACUGGUGGUCCGACUGUGACGGUAUGGCUAGUGGUGCAUGACUUGCUAUGCAUUUUAACUACAACAAGUAUCACAAGAUCCAACUUUAUCCUUGCUGCAAGUGUUGAAGUGCCAUGCAGAUGCAUACCUUGAUACUACAACUAUUUCCAGUAGGUAACUCAUCUGUAUCCACUUUAUUGUAUCAUUACCAUUUGAUAGUUGAUUAGCUACUGUAUUUGUGGUGUAGGUGGUAUCUGCCUAUGAAGCUGGAAUGGGAAGGGUGAUGUGCCUGGUUGGUCUGCACCUCUCAUACAACACAGACUCAUACAUAUCUCAUAUCCUGAAGCCACGUCCAAUUAAGUCAGAAGAUAGAUAACCUGUUCACAUGUGAACAGUACAUGCUCUAACUUUUAUGGGGGACCUAAAUCCUUUCCCACACAG